GGUGUCAAGGUUGAGUCGACCCUGAUCAAGAGCAUUGCUUCCUCUAAGGAUUUGCAGAAAGCUCUAUCUUCUGCUGCUCAUGCCAAGAGAUUGGCCGAGUCCAGGCUCAUUGGUGCCCAAGCUGGGGUUGAUACUACUAAAUUGAUGAGAGCUGUUGAUAUCCUUAAUACCUCGAUUGCCAUGCAGAUCCGUUACCUAGAAACUAUGACCGCUAUGGCCAAAGGUCCCGGUGCCAAGGUUAUUUUAUACCAACUCAACAUGGAAACAGCGAACAACUCACGCCUU